GAUUGUUUCUUUAAAUAUUAGAAUUCUGAAAUUUGAUAAAAGAAGAUAUUUAGGAAUCAAUUAAGCAACUGAUGAUAGGGAGAAUUUACCUAACCAUCAAGUGAAGUAUCUAUCUAAAAAAACUCAAAUUUAAUAAUAACUCAUAUAUAGUUUAGGAAAAGUUGGGCAACCAAGAAGUGAUCUACUGAAAUAAUCCUCAUGUUAAAUAGCGUUUAUCACUCUGUUGUAGCAGAUAAUUGAAGUAACCAACGUUAUUUUCCUCAAAAUAUUUGGACAAAUGGGUAGUAAAAGCUGCAGAAUUUGGUCAUUCCUAGUGUUUGCAGUAAUGGUAAGCAGAGGAGGCAGGGGUGAGUCUGCAGGGUGCUCGAACAACAUGAUAAGCGGCCUAUCCUCGUGCAUAAGCUACCUGAGAGGGAACUCGUCGCGGCCGUUGCCAUCGUGCUGCGCCUCUCUGGCCAACGUCCAGCAGGCGCAGCCCGAGUGCAUCUGCCCGAUGCUCACCAAUAAUGGUGCAAGCGCCACUCUCGGCACUGCCAUCAACCGGACUCUUGCAAUGGCCAUGCCCGCCACCUGCAAACUUCCAACUCCUCAAUGUCAUGAUGAUGUUGGUAAUGGAGGUGCAGCAAGCUCGCCUGCGGUGUCGCCGCCGUCGGACGCCUCCUCCCCGUCCCCGCCUUCAACAGCGGAAGCGCCAACCUCUGAUUUCGAUUCAGGUUCGAAGACAGUUCCGGUUCCGAAUAUUGAUACAUCUGAUGCGACAACAUCAUCGAUCUACCUUAUAUUCAUGGCUGCUUGGAUCAUCGCCACGUCUCAUUUUCAAUAUUAAUUUUUCCCUUCUAAUUAAUUAUUCAUGCUUCUUGUAACAUAUUAGCAUGCGUUUAAUUCUUUCUUUUCGUCUUCUCAACACUCGGAAUAAUAAGAUUUUGGUGGAUUAUGCAGAAGCAUAAUCUAUCAUUUGUUCACAAAGAAAA